AUGCGCCUGGGCCAGCUCAUCGCCUUUCAGCUCUACUGGAACCUCAUCCAGUCGGGGUAUCAGAGCAUCAUGUCUGUACUCAUGUCCCUCACCAAGGCCUCUAGCACCGCUCAGCGAGUGCUCUCCCUCAUCGACUCGCUGCCAGAUAUUGACCCUGAUGCGGGCACCAAGCUCACCAAGGCCUCUGGCGCUGCCCAGAGGGUGCUCUCCCUCAUCGACUCUCUACCAGAUAUCAACCCUGACAAGGGCACCAAGGUGUGUGGGGAUCGGAAUAGCAGUGGGUGUUUGGAGUGUGGGGGUCCAGUCGGGGUAUCAGAGCAUCAUGUCGGAGUGUCUUUCCACGUGGAUCCAGGGCAAGUGCUCGCCAUGGUGGGUCACAGUGGUGGGAGCAAGUCCACAGUGCGGGCAUUCUCAACAGAGGGGGUGGAGAGGGAGCGGUACGAGAGCAAGACCAUGGCGGCCAUGGCAAAGGGCGUGAGGGACGCCCUUGCCUACUCCGGCGCCGUCGCCAUCAACAACUGGCUCGACCUGGGGGCGUCCGUGCUCAUCCUCUGGUGGGUUGGGUCUGCUGUGGUGUGCUGGGGGUGUGUAGGGACGCCCUUGCCUAUUCCGGCGCCGUCUCCAUCAACAGCUGGCUCGACCUGGGGGCGUCCGUGCUCAUCCUCUGGUGGGUUGGGUCUGCUGUGGUGUGUUGGGGGUAUGUGGGUGGGAUGUGGGUGGGACGUACGUGAGGGACGCCCUUGCCUAUUCCGGCGCCGUCUCCAUCAACAGCUGGCUCGAACUGGGGGCGUCCGUGCUCAUCCUCUGGUGGGUUGGGUCUGCUGUGGUGUGUUGGGGGUAUGUGGGUGGGAUGUGGGUGGGACGUACGUGAGGGACGCCCUUGCCUAUUCCGGCGCCGUCUCCAUCAACAGCUGGCUCGACCUCGGGGCGUCCGUGCUCAUCCUCUGGUGGGUUGGGUCUGCUGUGGUGUGUUGGGGGUAUGUGGGUGGGAUGUGGGUGGGACGUACGUACGGAGGGGUGUUGGUGAUGGAGGGGCACAUGCGCCUGGACCAGCUCAUCGCCUUCCAGCUCUGCUGGAACCUCAUCCAGUACGGAGGGGUGUUGGUGAUGGAGGGGCACAUGCGCCUGGACCAGCUCAUCGCCUUCCAGCUCUACUGGAACCUCAUCCAGUCGGGGUACGGAGGGGUGUUGGUGAUGGAGGGGCACAUGCGCCUGGGCCAGCUCAUCGCCUUUCAGCUCUAUUGGAACCUCAUCCAGUCGGGGUAUCAGAGCAUCAUGUCUGUACUCAUGUCCCUCACCAAGGCCUCUGGCGCCGCUCAGCGAGUGCUCUCCCUCAUCGACUCGCUGCCAGAUAUUGACCCUGAUGCGGGCACCAAGGUGUCAACACUGCAGGGAUCCAUCCGCAUGGAGGAUGUUCACUUCCACUACCAGAUGCGCCCAGACCACCCCGUGCUCAAAGGAGUGUCUUUCCACGUGGAUCCAGGGCAAGUGCUCGCCAUGGUGGGUCACAGUGGAGUAUCCCUCCACGUGGAUCCAGGCCAAGUGCUCGCCCUGGUGGGUCGCAGCGGGGGAGGCAAGUCAACCGUGGUGCAUCUGCUCAUGCGCUUCUACGAUCCUGUCCAAGGCCGCAUCGUGAUGGACGGCCGAGAUCUGCGCGAGCUGAAUCUACGGUCGGUGCACGCGCACAUGGGGCUGGUGGCGCAGGACACGCAGAUGUGGGCAUGCAGCAUCGAGGAGAAUAUCGCGUAUGGCUUGCCUUCCUACACUCGAGCCGAAGUGGAGGAGGCUGCCAAGCACGCCAACGCACACGAUUUCAUCACCAAGUUCCCCGAGGGUUACGCUACACGCGUGGGAGAGAGGGGAGUGCGACUCUCAGGCGGUCAGAGGCAGCGCAUAGCCAUUGCCCGGAUGCUGCUGCGCCGCCCGCGCGUGCUCCUAUUGGACGAAGCCACGUCAGCGUUGGACGCGGAGAGUGAGGCGCUGGUGCAGGGCGCGCUGGACCGGCUGAUCGCGGAGGGCGGGCGCACCAUCGUGCUCGUGGCUCACCGGCUGUCCACCGUGCGCAAUGCUGACAGCAUCUGCGUGCUGGAAGGGGGGCGGGUCGCUGAGCAUGGCACGCAUGAGCAGCUGCUGGAAAUUCGUGAGUGUCGAUGGGUGGUAGAGGGAAGGGACGAGUUGUUGUUUCUUGUCGAGUGUGUGUACAGCAAGUGA